ACACUGUACUCCUUCCUAAAGCGCUUCUGAGUUCUAAAAGCCUCUGGAAAAAAUGGAAAGAGAAUCGAUGAGAGGUUACCUGUUCAACUGCGACAACACAUGUGAGCUAAAAGAAGUCGAAGCACUUCUGUUUGAAAUGGAAGAGAAGCACAACUUGAAGAUCGAUGUUGAAAAGCUAUAUUUUAGAUUGAAAAGCAUGUCUGAAAUUUGCGACACCAAGAUUCCUCAGUUAAAAAUUGAUUUUGCCGUUUUCGCUGUCCAUGCAAAUGAAUCUCGGCUUUCGAUCAACGAAGAAAACGCUGGAAUUGGUUACGCCAAGUUGUAUAGAGCAUUGUCAACAGCCACGGGUGACAAAGUGUUGAUAGUCAUCGCUGGGGACACGUAUUACAACGAUGAAACUGAACAGGAACAGUGUGUGAUCUCACGCUGGGCACGAAGAAAAGUGGCCUCGCAGUUUGAUGACGAGUACCUUGAUGGAAGAAAAAGUUUUAUUUUGUCUUGGAACUCAACGCACCGAGCGAUCCACGAGGAGGCACUUCUGCACUUCUUUGAUCCAAAAAAGGAAGGACAGAAGUUUCGAUAUCAACCAAAACCAAUGCCAAUCCCUGAGCCCCCGGUCAUCCCGUCAUCAGCCCUCCCAAGAGAGGAUCAAGAGGUUCUGCAGGAAGACUCCUCUGCUCCGCUUGUGGAAAAUGAUGUACUGAGUCAUGAAGGUGAAGAAUCAAACCGGGAAGAGAGCUCAAAAGAAUGUGGAGACGCUGACACAACACCUGCUUUAGUAAACCACCCAAAAGGAACAUUGUUGCUUAAGACGCGCCUGAGAUACGGAAAAAUCUCUUCCGAAGAGAACGACGUUGUGGAAUGGGAACAAGGAUGGCAGCCAUCUGAAAUGGUCGUGCUGGACCUAGAAGAAAAAUGGAAGCUGGUCCCUGAUGCUGAAGUGCAGUUCACUGCCGAUGGUGAUGGUCUAGUCAACUGUGUCAUUAAAAUGAAUUGUUGGCAAAAAUUUAAGUAUUAUAUGUGGAGUAUCUGUAAUUGCAUGAAAACAUGCAUAUGCGCAGUGGGUAUGUUUAUGUACAAUCACCUUAGUUCUUGCUACCGCUGGAUUAGAGCUAAAUUUUAGAGAGAAGUACUCUCAUAUACACAUUGAAUGUGUUGAACAACACUAGCUUAGUGUUUGAAAAAGUUAGUAAUCAGCUCCGUAAAAAUGAAAACAUUUUGAAAAUGAGCGCGCAGUCCAACAUACAAGCAGGCAUUUAUGAUGCUGUAGUGAUAAGUUUAAGCCUCGAUGUUUUGUUCUGAGUUGACGAAUUUACCUAUUCUACAUAAGCUGCAGCAUUAAUAGCAGUGAAAUAUUCUCAGGUGUAAUAAUAAAAAAAGGAAAUUAAAGCAUCGUAAAGUGGAA